AUGACACCUCCUAAUUCAGUUGAUAACAUUCAUAGUGAAUUGAGUAGACUUGUAGAAAACGCUUACCUUGAGAUGCCUCGAAAAUCUUUCUCAUCUUCAGACAACUCGAUGGAUAUUGAUACUCAGUACUCUCAUCAUCAUAAUCCUUAUCAUUUACAGAACGAUCCUCAGGCUGAAGAUCCAAGACUUUCAACACCUACCAAUCAGUCUACUGCACUUUGGGAUAAUAAAGGUCUACAGAAGGGAAAAGUAGGUCAAUUUGAAGUCUUAUGUGGGCCUGGCGAGGGAACUGGCAAGGCUUGGUCAAAGUGGCGAAAUCAUGAUGAACGACUCCCUGAAGAAAAAACUAAAGGAAUGGAAGCUUUGGAAAAACGAAUCGAGUGGACAGUAAAAUUUUUAUUAGAUGAUAUCAAACCUUGGAAAGAUGCUCGAGAUCGAUUGAAAAGCCUUUAUAUCUCGCUCUUGGCUUUGGGACAACCUACCAAAUUACAACUCGGCAUUUUGUUCACUUCAGUCUUUCCUCAAUUGAUUGAUUACAACUUGUUGGUUGAUUGUGAACCUGAGCACAAUAUCUUACUCUUCAGUCUACAAAUUGCUACAGUUCCCAGUGUAGUGUUUGUUUUGGUCAACAAUCAUGAAUUCUUGCAGAUGAUCCUCGAUUUACUCUAUUCUUUCUUUACUCAUCAAUUUGCACCUUCAAAUUUGAUACAUGGUGAUUUCAGAUAUAUCAUCUAUCCUCCUGACCUUUGA